AGCAGAUUUAAAAGUGUUGGGAGGGGAGGUCCAAACAUUUGUAAGUGGCAAGCAAGUGUGAGAAAUAGUGACAGUGUCCCCUUGACAGCUUGGUGUCCUAGGAUCCUCCCCCAGUGUCAUAGUCAACCAAUUGGGUCUCUGUAUAAAAGAACUCUUAAUCACCAUACGUCUACACACAAAUUUUGACCACAUCAUAGAUAACGUGACAUUUUUGUAUUAUCUUUAGGUUAAGUUCUCGUUACGUGUAUUACAUAUAAUACUUCUAUUUCAUUUCGUGAUAUUAGAACUGCAAUGGAUUAUUUUUUUGUUUCGUUUUUGUGUAUUAUUUCGUUGGCAAAAACUGAAGAGACUAAGCGGCUUUUGUUAAACGACCCAGAUGUUAUUGGCUCCAGAUUAUCUAAUAUAGAGAAAUCCAUGCAAGAGAUGACAAGACUGACAUCUCAAUUGCAAACAGAAUUUGGACAGGAAAAAGCUAAAAUGCAGACUAUUAUCUUUCAGUUACAAACGGCUCUUACUCAAGUAUUAAAAGAUCAAGGAUCUGUAUAUGUGAGAUGGGGGAGAAAGCAGUGUUCUGCCUUAAACACUGUGUUAGUAUAUACAGGAUUUGCUACUGGACAAGAAUAUAGUCGUGGAACCUAUUAUGGUGGUCCUGCAAAUUAUCUUUGCCUUCCAAAUAAUCCUGAACUCAGUAACAUAACGGGUCCCGGAAGAAGUGUAUUGUAUGGCACAGAGUUUGAACAUGGAGACUACUUUAAAAAAGGUGCUGAUCAAGAAGAUGUGCCAUGUGCCCUUUGCAGAAGUGAAAAUACGUCGGCAACAGUGAUGAUCCCAGGUAGACAGACCUGUUAUCGUGGCUGGAAAAUGGAAUAUCAUGGUAUCUUGGGCUCGAAUGCUUAUGAAUAUAAAGCUUCAUCUUAUAUUUGUGUUGACAGCGACCCAGAGUGUGUACAAGGAGGUGAAAGGAACAACAAUGAAAACCUGAUUUAUCCAACAACUGCAAAAUGUGGUUCAUUACCUUGUCCUCCAUAUGGAUCUCAAUAUUGA